CCGACACUAAAACGUCCCGACCUACAAAUCACCCGGCCAAAUUAUGAGUUCAUUGUAUUAUGCCAAUGCUUUAUUUUCGAAAUAUCAAGCCGCAAGUUCGGUUUUCCCAUCCGGAGUCUUUCCAGAGCAAACUUCUUGCGCUUUUGCCUCUAACACCCAAAGAACUGGGUAUGGGGCAGGAUCUACUUCUCCUUUCGCUGCUUCCAUGCCUGGGCUUUACUCCAGUGGAAGUGCUGUGCAUCCUCAACCCCCCAGUAUGUAUUCCUCGGGGUAUGGCCUGGAGCACAGCUCCUUCAACAUGCACUGUUCCCCCUUCGAGCAAAACCUCUCCAUGAUGUGCCCGGGAGAUGCUUCCAAGCAAAACUGCAGCAAAACGGACCAGAGGGACUCAGAUUUACAAAGCGACAGUAAUUUCCGUAUCUACCCUUGGAUGAGGAGUACAGGUAAGUCGGAGUCUCCCUAA